GAGACCGUGACCGUGCCAAGAUUUAACGGACGGAAUGUGUUCGAAAAAUGUUGUUACUUUUGUUCUUAAUUGAAUAAUUUUUCUAUUUUUCCUUUAUAUUCGCAACGUGACUCUAACAGGUUUCAAAUGCUAAUAAAUCUCAAAAGCAACAUGUACAUGAAGCCCUAAUGAAGAUCUUCAAAACACAACUGAGGUCAUGGAGAAAGAGUUUAUUACUUUGUGUUGUAAUUUCUACAGUAAGUUUCCUCUUAAUUCAUUUCCUUUUUCAGAUACUUACAUUGCUAAAAGAGGAAAGCUGGUUUGAUCCUAAAAAAGUUGCUACAAUUGAUCCUUGGGUUAAGAAACAUUGGAAACAUGUGAAAAUUGUAACAAAGCCAAAUCGUGUGCAAACCUCUAAGACAAUCUUAUUAUGGACUAAAUUUUUUGGAAUCUCUGAUUAUGUGCCAAAAUUAUCAACACUCGGUUGUCCUAAGCCAAAAUGCUUUAUUACUUCUGAUCGAAGAUUUUUAAACAAAAGUGAUGCCUUAGUUUUCCACUUACGAGACAUAAACCUGAAGGAUCUACCAGCCUACAGAAAUAAAAACCAAGUUUGGAUUCUUGUGCACCAUGAGUCUCCCCAUCAUACUCCUGAUGUAUUAAAGUACCUAAAUGGUCUUUUUAAUUGGACAGCUACAUAUAGAUCUGAUUCAGAUAUUGGUCUUACGCCAGUUGCGAAACGGUUGAAACAUGCUGAUUCAAAGGCUGUAAACUAUGCCAGAGGAAAGAAAAGAAUGGUUGCUUGGCUUGUUAGUAAUUGUAAAACACCAAGCAAGCGUGAACUAUUUGUCAAGGAGCUUCAAAAAAGUAUUUUAGUAGAUAUUUAUGGAAAGUGUGGUAAACUUUCAUGUUUUCCGGUGCAAUCUGAAGAGUGCUAUGAAAAAUUAGGAAAAAUGUAUAGGUUUUAUUUAUCUUUCGAAAAUUCAAUAUGUAAAGAUUAUGUUACUGAAAAGUUCUUUAAUAUACUUCACACUAAUAUGAUACCUGUUGUAAUGGGAGGAGCUAAUUACUCAGCUAUAGCUCCUCCUUCUUCUUAUAUUGAUGCAUUGUCUUUCAAAUCUCCCAAAGAACUUGCCCAGUUUUUGCUAAAUGUUGCCAAAGAUGAGAAAAAGUUUAACAGUUAUUUUGCUUGGAAAAAUACGCACUAUGUAACUAUUGAUGCUUAUGCAUGUCAAAUAUGUAAAAAAUUACAUGAACCUCUUGUUGAAUCUCAUUAUUAUAAGAAUAUUAGUUAUUGGUGGUUUGGUGAUGCCAAUUGUAAAUCUUGGAAUAUUUUUCCUUAACCCAUUGUUGUCCAAUUUUUUAUAAACAGUUUCUCUGUCAUGGUCAAUUCAAAGGGCUUAUAAAAUGUAACAGGAGAGUAUUAUCAGUCAUAUAAGUAGUAUUUUAAGAUUGUUUAGAGACUGUUUUUAAAUCUGACACUGCCAGGCUGCAGCAGCAAAUAUUUAAUGCCUGACCAAGUCUGCAACAUCAGACUGGAAAGGAUUACAUUAAAUAAAACUUAAACAGCUAAAGUAUAUUAUAGAUUAGCACCAAAUCUCUCUCUCUCUCUUUCGAGUCAUUCACUAUAUCUUUUUAUGCAGGUAUUUAAAUCAUCAGUUUGAGUUGAUCCUUUUACCCUAGUUACUCAGUUUAUAAACUUCAUUUCUGUUAACAUUUGCUCAACAUUGCACUCAUUUCAGUUAGUGGAAAGGUGAUUUUAAUUAGAUUGUAUAUACUAGGCACAAAGUUGUUUGAGAUUAUUUAACUACAACUGUCAAACAUUUUGAAAAAUUUAAAUUUUUUUUUUUUAAAAGCAAAAAAAUGCAUUUUUUAUUUUUAUGUUUCAUAAUAAA